GGCUACAAAAGCAGUUCAUCAAACAAACAAUAUGGGUUGUUGGGGUCUGUGACCCUGUAAUCCCUUUGCACUUUUUUUGCUAUAUAAAAAGUUCAACGGUGGUGGUGUCUGGGUGCUUUUUGCACUUAAAUUUGUUAUUUUAUUUAUUUAUUUAUUUAUUUAUUUUUAAUUUUUGUAUGCUGCUUUGUCCACAAAGAGCAGUUAAUCAAACAACAUGUUUAUGUUUAUUAACUUAAAGGAUGUAUAUCCUGGCUUUUGACUGAAUGGUGCUCAGAUCUACUUACAAUGUAUAGCAGGAAGAAUAAUUGAAAACAAAUAUGCAUGCACGUACACACAACACAAGCGGCCAGAUAGUAGGGCCCAGAGGGUGCUUCCUUUUGCUGCUGUCAUCCUGAGGCAACUAGCAGUUGAGGGAGAGUUGUUUUGCGGGUUGAGGAGGAGGAGCAGGCUCCCUGCAGCUGCUCCUUUCCUGGCCAAUAUAUGGGGCCAAGAACAUCAUGGCAAGUAGCACAUCAAGCUGAUGUUCUCCUUGCCAUGUGUUCUUGUUCUUCCUGGGACAAAAAAGGAGGCAACCUCCGAGUAAUUGGGUGCUGCUGUUUGUGAAUCUGGGACCCCUUUGCUUUUGGGGGGGCUACAAAGAACAAACUUGGGUCUGUUAAUCUGGGGCCUUUUGCUUUUGGGGGUGCUGUAAAAAGUAAUUCUUCCAAGGGGAAUAAACGGGUGCUGGGUUCUGUGAUCCAAUAAUCACUGCACCUUUUUUUCCUACUACAACAACAAAACACCCCAGUUUAUCAAAACCAACACUUUUCAACAAAGCUUCUUUCAAAGGGUGAGUCUUGUAAUGUUUUGUGUUUUGUUUUUUGUAGAUCACAGAACAGGUCAACCACAGCAGCCUCUUCUGGCCAGCCUUUGGCUGCUUGGAUUUCCCAACUCCUUGUUUGGACCCUUGAGACCUGGUUCCUGAGCCAGACAUUGGGCUGCUUCACCUUGUCUUGAGAUCUCCCUUGGUGGUGUUGUGGGCCAUGUGCUCAGGACUCUUGGAAUCUGAGACAGGAGGGUCCCUGAGCUACCUGCUUCUCUGACAGUGACCUUGGACCAAGCCUCAGAUGGACAAGCUUGUGACAGUCUCCAGGGUACCUCUUCCCAAGUUUCCCUCCACAUGGCUCUAUUUAGAGUCUCCAUGGCCUCAGACUCUCAUGAGGGAGGUGUCCAAGGGAGAAGGGGAUGUUUUGCCAUCAGGCAUCAUGACUGAAUUUGCUUGGCACUAUCCCAUUUUCUUUUGUAUGUGCUGUUUUCUGGGCUUUCUGGGAUCAGCUGUUACUCAACAGCAGACAAGGUUUCCAGUAACGUUCAGUUCCAACAUGAAGACGGACCUCUGCCCACUAACUAGGAUUGGCCAAGAUGAUCUGCCAGGAUAUGAUCUGAUUUCACAGUUCCAGCUUGAUAAAGCUGCUUCCAGAGGCAUCAUUCAGCGAGUGGUGGGUUCUACAGAUUUACAAGUGGCUUACAAAUUAGGCACAAAUGUAGACUUCAGGAUUCCAACGAGGUCUUUAUAUCCAAAUGGACUACCUGAUGAGUAUUCUAUUCUAACUACUUUUCGGAUGACUGGAAAUACUCUUCAGAAAUACUGGAGCAUAUGGCAGGUUCUGGACUCUUCUGGAAAAGAACAAGUUGGACUGAAGCUUAAUGGACAAGCCAUGUCUCUUGAAUACUCCUAUAAAAGAACUGAUGGAACUCUCCAGACAGUGACAUUUUUGGAUUUACCACAUCUGUUUGAUUCUCAGUGGCACAAGGUUAUGAUUGGUAUAGAGAAGAGUGCUGUCACCCUUUAUAUUGACUGCAUUAUGAUCCAAACCUUAACCAUAGAGCCAAGGGGAAAAAUCAAUGUUGAUGGCUUUACUGUGCUGGGAAAACUGAAAAAUAAUCCUCAGAUUUCAGUUCCGUUCGAGAUCCAGUGGAUGUUGAUUCAUUGUGACCCUCUACGACCCCAAAGAGAAACUUGCAGUGAACUUACAGCCCGGAGUUCGAUAAGCCAGACAGCCACCAAGAGAGGCCCCCCAGGUCCACAAGGCCCUCCAGGCCCCCCAGGCCCCCCAGGAGUUCCUGGCAUUGAUGGCAUAGACGGAGACAGAGGUCCUAAUGGCCCCACUGGCCCUCCGGGUCCAGAUGGUGAACCAGGUAAACCAGGUGUCCCCGGAUUGCCAGGAGUACCGGGAGCUGAUGGAUUGACAGGCCCUGACGGGUCUGUAGGUCCAACUGGUCCAAAAGGACAAAAGGGUGAACCUGGAUUGCCUGGAGGCCGUGGACUUCCUGGCAAAGGGAUUCCUGGAUCUCCUGGGCCUCCUGGCAUAGCAGGACUUCCUGGAGAAGUGGGAAGAGUUGGGCCUUCUGGAGAUCCUGGAAGGAGAGGCCCUCCAGGAGUACCAGGCCCUCCAGGUCCCAGGGGAACAGUUGGGCUUCGUGAUGGAGAUCCGCUGUGUCCCAACGCUUGUCCUCCAGGUCGACCUGGGCAUGCUGGGCUAAUGGGCAUGAAGGGUCACAAAGGAGUGAGAGGGGAUGAUGGUGAACCAGGAAAACAAGGCCACAAGGGAGAAGAAGGUGAACAAGGAGGAAUAGGCGAUGUUGGAGCUUCAGGCCCUCCAGGACCUCCAGGAUUAAGAGGAAUAACUGGAAUAUUGGGACCCAAAGGUGAUAAAGGUGCUCGGGGUCUUGAUGGAGAGUCUGGUCCUCGAGGUCUUCCGGGGGCACCUGGCGAUCAAGGGCAAAGAGGUGCCCUGGGAGAGACUGGUCCCAAAGGAGAGAGAGGUCCUCAAGGUAUUAGAGGAAUUACUGGCCUUCCUGGGCCUAAAGGAGAAUCGGGCUUACCAGGAGUUGAUGGCCGUGAAGGGAUCCCAGGCAUGCCAGGAUCAAAGGGUGAACCAGGAAAACCAGGUCCUCCAGGUGAUGCAGGAGUUCAAGGACUGCCAGGUUUUCCUGGCUCUCCAGGGGCAAAAGGUGUUGCUGGCUCAAAGGGUAACGUGGGUCCUCCUGGGAUACCUGGCUUGAUGGGGAAUUCGGGUAAACCUGGAGACCAAGGCCCACAGGGAGUAGAAGGACCAAUUGGACCCAGAGGCCCCCCGGGUGGCAGAGGUGAGCCAGGUCCUGCUGGUCCUCCCGGUCUUCCUGGUAAAAUGGGUGCCGAGGGUGACAUAGGCCUCCCAGGUUUACCUGGGCCUCCAGGACUGCCAGGCGCUCAAGGUGACAGGGGUUCAGUUGGUGAACCGGGGCCAAAAGGAGAUCAAGGUGCUGCUGGUGGAGAAGGAGAGCCAGGAGGAAGAGGCGACCUUGGUGACAUGGGUUUGCCAGGCCCUAAAGGAUCUGUUGGGAAUCCUGGUGAAUCUGGGUCACGUGGGCCUGAAGGCAGUCGUGGCUUACCUGGUGUAGAAGGAUUACGUGGGCCACCAGGGCCCCGUGGUUUGCAAGGCGAGCAAGGUGCGACAGGUCUGCCUGGCAGCCAAGGCCCAGCUGGUAGAGAGCCAUCUGAUGCACACAUUAAACAGGUUUGCAUGAGAGUAAUGCAAGAACAACUGGCUCAGCUGGCGGCUAGCCUUCGGAGGCCUGAAUUUGGCGCUCCAGGCCUCCCGGGCCGCCCUGGCCCACCUGGUGUCCCUGGAUCUCCUGGAGAAAAUGGCUUUCCAGGGCAACUCGGAUCUCGGGGGCUGCCUGGCCUUAAAGGCCCUCCUGGUGAUAUUGGGUUGAAAGGCCCCAAAGGUGAAACUGGUGAAAAGGGGGAGAGAGGAUUCCCAGGCCGAGGGCCCAAAGGCUUACCAGGAACAACAGGGCUACCAGGAGAACCAGGCAAGCCCAGCUAUGGCACAGAGGGACGAGAUGGUGAUCGAGGCCCACCUGGAACAGCUGGCCUACCUGGCGUUCCUGGCCCUCCUGGUCCUCCCGGCCCCCCUGGUUAUUGUGAGCCAUCAGCCUGCACUGUGCAAGCUGGCCUACGAGUUGACAAGAAUGUAAAAGGGCCAUGAAAGCCACCAAUAGUGGUACAGGUGACUGGCAGUACCGUACUAUCUGCACGUACAUUUGACAACAGAAAGUAAACAACAGAGGCAAAGCAGCCUGCAAAACACAGAGAAUCCUAUCAAAGGCUUGACAGACUUUAAAUGCACUGGUUGUCCCUUCUUCAGCUUGUACAAAGAGUACCUGGCAACCAAACUUUACAAGUAAUGGUGCUAACAAAAUAAUACCAGAUGGCUUUUCUUUGUUAUUGUGGUUAAACAUGUUCAAAAAAAGAACACCCCCUGUUAAAGAUAGGGGACUAACUUUAUCCUCUUUUCUCCCUCUCAAUUUUUGUACUGUAAUACAGCAUCUGAGCGAAUGACAUGAUACCUUUGUAGCUGUUAUUGUCUGACACAUUUGUAAAAUAAAUUAUGAUUUCUGUUGCAUAGGUGCUGUAAGCUAGCCAACCAGGAAUGUCCCGCUUUUGCUGUCACUGUGAUUCAAAUGUACAGACACAGCUGCCACAUAACAUCAUGUGAAAUGUUUUUGCAUGCUGUAAACCUCUAGAAGUGUAUGAAUGCCCGUUUAUUAGGAAUCGGUCAUGUGAAAUAAUAACCCUUACACAUGGGGGCAGGGUUUACUCUUCUGCUGCUGUGUAUAUUGAAUCCUGUUUCUUAUGACACUGUUGUCAGCUCUACCGUGCCCCACUAUGGUGGAAAUCAAACCAAGAGGUCAAAAAGCCACUGGCAGGGGCAUUUUCAUCUUUGGAAGCUGUGUUUAUUUAUUUUAAAAGAUCUUAAGUGACACCUCUGAUGUAUAAAAGUUGAAAUAAAUAAUUUUUUUUAACCCUU